AGUGUGAUGAUACAACUGCUCGGCCCAACGGUUUCCUUCUGCAAACCCUCUGCUCCGACUCCGAUCCGUUCACGCCACCCUCGUCGCGCCGCCGCCACCGCCGCCUGCUGCUGCGUCCCCGGCCAGCCGCGUGGCCCCGUGGUCUCCUAGGCGCAGCAGAUAGACUAGAAGUCAUGGUCAUCCCUCCACCGGAAAGGGCAGCUAGAGUCACGCGUUUCCUCAAGCCAUACCUGUUGAGGAUGCAUUUCACAAACAAGUAUGUAUCUGCUCAGGUCAUUCACACCCCAACAUCAACUGUUGCGUGUUCUGCAAGCUCACAGGAGAAGCUGCUGAGACCAAACAUGGAGUCGACACGUGAUGUCGCAGCAGCUGUGAAGAUUGGAAAGUUGCUUGGUGAACGCCUGCUGCUCAAGGGAAUACCUGCAGUGUCCAUCCAUAUGAAGAGAGAACAAAAAUACCAUGGGAAAGUGAAGGCCGUUAUAGAUUCAGUCAGAGAAGCUGGAGUCAAAUUGUUAUGAUUGUGGUGUUGAAAUAUUGAACUUGGCAUUUGUGCAAUGCCUGAGCUGUUGUAAUUCUGAAGUUUUGAUCAAUGGAAAGAUGGCUCUGCAUUGUUGUUUCGAAAUUCAGAGCUAAAUGGGACAUGUACUAGGUCAAUAAAAGGAUUUCGUUUGGACUGGGUGCCUUGUUUUUCUUUUUUAUUCGUGUGUGCAGUGGACCAGGAAUGUUAUCUAUCUGAAUAUAUCACUAUUAUCAUUUAUCAGGCA